AUGUCGGAAAUUCGUAAAAGAACAAUUGGAAAUACAUCAGCAGAAACGCGGGAUGUCAGUGAUGAUCAGAAAGAAGAUGUAGAAUCUGAAGAUGAUGCAAAGUUGGAAGUUGAAGAAUUGACUAAAACUUUACCUCAAGGAACAGAUCAUACUCCGCAUAUUUUGGAUUCAAUUCUUUCAGGCUUAUCUGAUCGCUGGAAGAAUUGGGUAAUUAGAAGUAUUUUUACUCUGUUUAUGAUUGCUGGUUUUUGUGGUAUUAUUUAUAUUGGACCAUUAGCUUUGAUGGCCACAACAUUAAUUGUACAAGUAAAGUGUUUUCAAGAAAUCAUUAAUAUUGGAUAUGCAGUUUACAGAAUUCAUGGUUUACCAUGGUUCAGAUCUCUAUCAUGGUAUUUCUUGAUUACUUCCAAUUAUUUUUUUUAUGGAGAAAAUUUAAUGGAUUAUUUUGCUGUAGUAAUUAAUCGUACAGAAUAUCUACGUGUACUUGUUACAUAUCACCGUUUUAUUUCAUUUUGUCUGUACAUUGUUGGUUUUGUAUGGUUUGUAUUGUCACUUGUAAAAAAAUAUUAUAUGAAACAAUUUUCUCUAUUUGCUUGGACUCAUGUUGCUCUACUUAUUGUUGUGACACAAAGUUAUCUUAUAAUUAAAAAUAUUUUUGAAGGCUUGAUCUGGUUCAUUGUUCCAGUUAGUAUGAUAGUGAUAAAUGAUGUAAUGGCAUAUAUGUUUGGUUUCUUUUUUGGUAAAACACCUUUAAUUAAAUUAUCACCAAAAAAAACUUGGGAAGGUUUUAUAGGUGGUGGUAUUUCAACUGUUUUGCUUGGCUUAUUGAUUUCAUAUAUUAUGUGUCAGUAUCGUUACUUUGUUUGUCCUAUUGAAUAUAGUGAAACUUUGGGACGAAUGACUAUGGAUUGUGAACCAUCUAUUUUAUUUCAACCUCAAGAAUAUACUUUGCCUAAUAGUUUACAAGUUGUAUUUAAAAUGUUUAGCGGAAAAUCGACCAUAACUUUGUAUCCAUUUUUACUUCAUUCAUUAUCAAUGUCAGUAUUUAGUUCCGUAAUUGGACCUUUUGGAGGCUUCUUUGCUAGUGGUUUUAAGAGAGCAUUUAAAAUUAAGGAUUUUGGAGAUGUUAUUCCUGGUCAUGGAGGAAUAAUGGACAGAUUUGACUGUCAAUAUUUAAUGGCAACAUUUGUAAAUGUCUAUAUAUCUUCAUUUAUUCAAACUGCUUCACCUCAAAAACUUUUGCAACAGGUUUAUAGCUUAAAACCAGAACAACAAUUACAAUUGUUUCAAACAUUAAAGGAUUCACUAGAAAACAGAGGUUUGUUAAAUAUUUAUUGAUGUUCUAAUAUUAAUGAUGAUUAUUAAUAAUCAAUGGAAUUACUUUAAAAUAGCAGAAAGUGUUAGAAAUAUUAUUUCUAACAUUUAUUUGAAUGUGCAAUGUAUAUGUUUAUACAAUAGCAUUAACAAUAUUAAAUACAAUACAUAUAAACUA